CAUCUUUUUAUUUUGUUUCCCAUUUGUUCCAAUACAUUCCCGCCCAUUCCAUUCCAUUCAGAGCCGUAGUUUUACCCAGUUGGUUUGAAUUACACCAGAUUGCAGGAUGCCGAGAGGGAACGUGCCGGUGCCGAAGACGGGGUGCGCAAAUUCAAGCAGGACUUCACAAACAAAGCUGACAGUCUCCAAAAGCAGAUUGCCCAGAGAGAGAAACAAAUGAUGCAGCUGGAAACAGACAUGAAAAUAGAGAGGGACUGGCGGCAGACGUUACAGAAUGAAUUAGAAAGAGAACGAGAGACCAUCGCACAACUUACUGCUGAAGCACAGCAAAUCAACGGACUCAAAAAAGAGUUUCACAGGUUGCAGGAUGAGAAUACGCAGCUGAAGGGAGUUUGUGAAGAGCAGGAACAGGCGCUGGAGGAGCUGGGCUGCAAACUCAGCGAGUCAAAGUUGAAAAUCGAAGAUAUAAAGGAAGCCAACAAGGCACUUCAGGGUGGACAGGUUUGGCUGAAGGACAAAGAUGCUACGCAUUGCAAGCUUUGUGAGAAGGAAUUUUCAAUCUCCAGGAGAAAGCACCACUGCAGGAACUGUGGAGAGAUCUUCUGCAAUGCCUGCUCGGAUAAUGAGCUGCCGCUCCCUGCUUCACCCAAACCCGUGAGAGUCUGCGACACCUGCCACGCUCUGCUCCUCCAGCGCUGCUCCUCCAAUGCCACGUAAGAUAGAAAUGACAGCACAUCGUAACAAGGGCCAAAAUCAGCUUUAACUCGCAGCCUGUGCUGUCCCGCAUCGUCAGAGUGACCAAAAUGGAUGCACCCGUUUCUCUGUGUUUGAAGUUUACAAUUUACAUAGGAUAAAGCCUGUUGCCUCAGAAGACUUAAUGGCACUUGUGCAGAUGGCCAAUGCAGUGUUUGUCACAGAGUGUGCAAUGAAAGAAAUGAGUUUACAAAUGGAUUAAUGACUGAGUGCCUCCAUCUGGGCUGCAAGUAGACUGAUUUAGAUUAUUUAUACAGUACUAGUACAACACUCCCAUGCAUUGUAUACUUUAGAUAUAUAAGGGUGAACAGGUUUCAUUCCUCAAGAUUCAAAAGUAAGCAAAGGCAGUUACUUAAAGGGAUAUCUUUUCUUGAGCAAUUACAUUUCAAAUUCAGUUGAAAUACAUAACCUUACAUUCAUAUGUGCCUGUAUAACAAGCCAAACUGACAAAUAAGGAUUUGAAAUGUUUCCCUGAAUCUAGAUGGGCAAAAACGGUAUGUAUAUGCAAGUAAAUUGUUGUCAGAGAGGUGGAUUCACUUCAAAAAGCACAGAAAUAAUGUUCUGAAUAUGGUGUUCAGGUUUCUUGUCUGCAAACGGUAUUAUUUCACAAUUGCAGAUUUACCUUGGUACAGAACUGGAACACUACACAUUUUGAGUAUUUGUGCUACCGUUUGUCUGGAUAAUUACUCGAAAUACAGCUGUUAACUUAAAUUUUAUGUAUGAAACUAUACAUAGCCUUAAACCACUAAAGUUGAUUAUAGUUCCACUUCUCGAGUGAUGGAUUUUAGCAUUUAGGUGUCGCAGUACACGCACACUAUCGUUCAAAGGUUUGGGGUCAGUAA